AUGGACACGGAACUCAAAUGCAACAGACUGACAUGUCGCAGGGUUCUGGCGGAUAAAGCAGUCGUAAAAUCUGGCGUAGUUGAAUGCGCAAAUGAACUCUUUAAUGCAUCUCGAUUGUGUCCUGCCUGCGAAAGCCCGUUGAGCGAGCCAGAUGACGUUGUGGUUUCUUCUUUGCAUCCUUCCAACGAUUAUAAGACCUCAGUCUUGUCAGGUCUUACUCCAUCCAUUAUCCUCGAAAUCUGUAGCAGAGCUAUCUCUUUCUGGCAAUACCAGAUCCACCAGGAGAACUCGUUCCAACAAGCCGUCUUGCGUAAUCUGAACGACAGAAACGCUCAGCUGCAGAAACAACUAGACAACGUCCUUAGAGAAGGUGAACCUUUUGCUGAACUGACUAAGUUGGCGGGAAAUGAUACGUAUGUCUCAGCAAACUCGGAGAUCAGUCUCUUGGGGAACAAGAUAUCAGGUAACCAAUUUUCUCAUUACUAA